CAGAGAUUGGCCUAAGAUGGCUGACUGGGCCAGACCAACCUUGAACACCGUGUUAACCCCUGACCCCACCCCGGACGACCCCGACGCCAAGUAUCUGUGCGUGGACGAGACCAAGCGUCCGCGCGCCAACUCUGACCCCGUCGGUCUUCACAUCCACCUGAACCCCUUGCCGGAGAUCACGGUCACGGGGGAGGAUGGGCAAGACUUCGACUCCUCCGAGGAGUUGGACAGCUACCUCAUUCCUCCGUCUCCGAGACGAAGGGCCAACACCUGCCCCGAAGACAUGUUCCUGGCCCGCAAAGGGAGGCCACCCACUCCGCCGCCGACAGAUAUCCACGCGUUCAAAAGUCCCACAGGAAAACGGUUUUCGUUCAACUUCGCCGCGCGGGAUCUGAACGGCGUGUCGUUCACGCAUCACAGGCUUAGCAAAGUGGCCGAGGACUCCGUGGAUCAUGGGGUUACGGACAAGACCAGAGGUUCUCAAACAAACUUCAGACGUAAGAGUGAAACGGAAAGUGCCCUUUCCAAAGUUAUCCACGGAUAACAUCCAGAUGUGUUGACUAAUUUUUUUUUUUUUAAUGUUCUGAAGGGGCAGUAACUCUAAAGAACAAUUACCUCAUCACAGUCAGUCAACGUACUGGACACUUGAGAUUUACUAUGAGUGUCAUUGGAUCUGGUCAAGAUUAUGCUGUCAGCUCAGUGGUCAAUUCUGACAAGAGUCAGAACCAGGAGUUUGUCUAGUGAAAAGACCGGCAACUCAUUGCAUCUACCAGGGUGGCAGAUUAUGCUCCUGUCAUCAUUUCUCUCCCUUAGCUUCACAGCCAAUGAUAUUUCUUUUACCAACGAGCCAUAACAGAGUAGAUGUAAACAGAGUGAACGAGAGUGGAUGUUAACAGCGUGAACGAGAGUGGAUGUUAACAGAGUGAACGAGAGUGGAUGUUAACAGAGUGAACGAGGGUGGAUGUUAACAGCGUGAACGAGAGUGGAUGUUAACAGAGUGAACGAGAGUGGAUGUUAACAGCGUGAACGAGAGUGGAUGUUAACAGAGUGAACGAGAGUGGACGUAAACAGAGUGAACGAGACAGGUAUAUGGGUCAUUUGUCCUUCUGCUGUCCUCAUCGAACUUACAACCAAGAUGCGUCACCUCCAUAACCAGAGUCAUACACUAAUGUCGUGACCUUACAUCAUCACAAACACCAAUGUAACUACAUCAUCACAAACACCAAUGUAACUACAUCAUCACAAACACCAAUGUAACUACAUCAUCACAAACACCAAUGUAACUGCAUCAUCACAAACACCAAUGUAACUACAUCAUCACAAACACCAAUGUAACUGCAUAAUCACAAACACCAAUGUAACUACAUCAUCACAAACACCAAUGUAACUACAUCAUCACAAACACCAAUGUAACUGCAUCAUCACAAACACCAAUGUAACUACAUCAUCACAAACACCAAUGUAACUACAUCAUUACAAACACCAAUGUUACACAACGUUAUUACAAAAACGCCAGUGUGAAAUAACAUCAUUACAAACACCAAUGAAACACAAGAUCAUUACAAUGUAACACAACAACAUAUCAUGACUACAAACACAAGAUCAUUACAAUGUAACACAACAACAUAUCAUGACUACAAACACAAGAUCAUUACAAUGUAACACAACAACAUAUCAUGACUACAAACACACGAUCAUUACAAUGUAACACAACAACAUAUCAUGACUACAAACACAAGAUCAUUACAAUGUAACACAACAACAUAUCAUGACUACAAACACAAGAUCAUUACAAUGUAACACAACACCAUAUCAUGACUACAAACACAAGAUCAUUACAAACAAUCUCUCUUCAGAACGUCAACAAUCUCUCAUCUGUACGUCAACAAUCUCUCAUCAGAACGUCAACAAUCUCUCAUCAGAACGUCAGCAAUCUCUCAUCAGAACGUCAACAAUUUCUCAUCAGUACGUUUAAAGUUUUCUCAUGGUGAAUUUUCCCGUUUGUUAUAAAGUUGGUUUUCUGAUUUCCUAUCAACUCUGUCAAAUGUACAUAACGCAUAAUUUCUGAUCAUAUCCCCUUCAUUGUUUUUGUCACUCACUGGUCAUGUGUUUAAUUGGCGUGUACUACUUUAUGAUUACAUUUUUUUUUCUUUCAAAUCGUUCAACUUUACUUUUAUGGCAUUGGAUUAUUACAAACGUUCCCGUUCAUUGAAUUUUUU